AUGGCUCUGGCUAUGGAGGAGGAGGACUACGCCAAGCUGGUGAUGGAGUCGGAGCCGGAGUGGCUGCGGAGUGAGCUCAAGCGGCUCUCCCAGGAGCUGGGCGAGACCACCCGGGAGAAGAUCCAGGCGGCGGAGUACGGGCUGGCCGUGCUGGAGGAGAAGCAGCAGCUCAAGCAGCAGUACGAGGAGCUGGAGGCGGAGUACGAGACCAUCCGCACGGAGAUGGAGCAGCUGAAGGAGGCUUUUGGGCAGGCUCAUACCAACCACAAGAAGGUAGCAGCCGAUGGAGAGAGCAGGGAGGAGACCUUGAUUCAGGAGUCUGCUACCAAAGAAGAGUACUACAUGAAAAAAGUAAUGGAGCUGCAGACUGAGCUAAAGCAGCUGAAGAAUGUCCUUGCCAACACCCAGUCUGAAAAUGAACGCCUUAAUUCUGUCGCACAGGAGCUGAAAGAGCUCAAUCAGAAUGUGGAGACCCAGAGAGCCCGCUUGCGAGAUGACAUCAAGGAAUAUAAAUUCAGAGAAGCUCGUUUGCUGCAAGACUACACUGAGCUCGAGGAGGAGAACAUCUGCCUUCAGAAACAAGUGUCUGUCCUCAAGCAAAACCAGGUGGAGUUUGAAGGCCUAAAACAUGAAAUCAAAAGGCUUGAAGAGGAAACAGAAUUUCUCAACAGCCAGUUGGAAGAUGCUAUACGGUUGAAAGAGAUCUCAGAACGCCAACUUGAGGAGGCCUUAGAGACCCUGAAGACUGAGCGUGAACAGAAGAACAACCUUCGUAAGGAGCUCUCUCAUUACAUGAACAUCAAUGACUCUAUGUACACCAGCCACCUGAACAUCUCUUUGGAUGGACUGAAGUUCAGCGAUGAAACCACAGAGCCCAAUAACGAUGAAAUCAUGAAUGGCUUUGAACAGAACUGCCUCAGCAAAAUUAGCAAUGGCAAGAAUAAUACAUCCACUCCCAAGAAAAAUGACAGCUUCCCUCCAGCCCCAAGCCUGGUGUCAGAUCUUCUGAGCGAGCUAAAUAUAUCAGAAAUCCAGAAGUUGAAACAACAGCUUGUGCAGAUGGAAAGAGAAAAAGUUAAUUUGUUAUCUACACUCCAAGAGUCUCAGAAACAGCUGGAGAACACCCGGGGAGCCCUUUCAGAGCAGCAUGAGAAAGUUGGCAGGCUCACAGAGAACCUUAAUGCAAUGAAAAAACUCCAAGUCAGCAAGGAACGUCAGUCUGCUCUUGACAAUGAGAAGGAGCGUGACAGCCAUGAAGAUGGAGAUUAUUACGAAGUUGACAUCAAUGGGCCAGAGAUCCUAGAAUGCAAGUACAAAGUGGCCGUGGCAGAGAUUGGUGACCUAAAAGAAGAGCUUAAAGUCCUUAAGGGCAAAUAUGAAGAGUGUGAGUCUAAAUAUGAGGAGGAGAAGAACAGAUAUGAGACUGAAAGCCAAGCUCUUACUGAAAAGAUCACCUUGUUAGAAAAAUCUAAUAGGCAAGAUAGAGAACAGGUAGCCAGACUGGAGAAGGAGCUGAAGAAAGUAAGCGACGUUGCUGGAGAAACACAGGGCAGUCUCAGUGUAGCCCAAGAUGAACUAGUCACGUUCAGUGAGGAGCUGGCCAAUUUGUAUCACCACGUCUGCAUGUGCAACAAUGAAACUCCAAACAGGGUGAUGCUGGAUUAUUACAAAGAGGGUAAAGGAGGACGCAGCAGCCCAGAGGGCAAAGGUCGAAGGUCACCGAUCCUGCUCUCUAAAGGGCUGCUAUCAAUAGACCUAGGAAAGGCAGAGAAUGGAAGUGGUGACAGUAGUCCAUCUCCAGUGUCAUCCCUCCCAUCUCCUGUGUCAGAUCCUCGGAAGGAACCCAUGAAAUACAACUUGAUUGCUAUAAUUCGCGAUCAGAUCAAACACCUACAAGCUGCGGUGGACAGAACAACCGAGUUGUCCAGGCAGCGUGUUGCCACCCAAGAACUUGGGCCGGUAGUGGACAAAGACAAGGAAGCUUUCAUGGAGGAAAUCCUGAAGCUGAAGUCCCUGUUAAGCACCAAGAGAGAACAGAUAGCAACCCUAAGAACUGUGCUAAAGGCCAACAAACAGACUGCAGAGGUAGCCCUUGCCAACUUAAAAAGCAAGUAUGAAAAUGAGAAAGCUAUGGUUACGGAGACAAUGAUGAAACUGCGUAAUGAGCUGAAGGCUUUAAAAGAAGAUGCUGCUACCUUCUCUUCUCUGAGAGCAAUGUUUGCUACAAGAUGUGACGAAUAUGUCACACAGCUGGAUGAAAUGCAACGCCAGCUCGCAGCAGCUGAAGAUGAGAAGAAGACUCUGAACUCCUUGCUUCGUAUGGCAAUCCAGCAAAAACUGGCACUGACCCAGCGCCUGGAGCAUCUGGAGCUUGACCAUGAGCAGUCCAGAAGGGUGCGCACUAAAUCUGCUUCCAAAGCCAAGACCAGUAACCCGAGUGUAAGUCAUAUCCGGUCCUGUGGAGACACAUCUGAGGGGUCUGUCCUUAACAACCAGGUGUUUUGUGAGAAGUAUAAGAUCUAUUGUGACUAG